ACGUUUACUGUUGUCAGCAAUGAUCAGUUUGACGCACGCACUGCAGACUAUGUGCGCUCAAGACAAGGGAAGUACCGGGCUGGAUUUGAUCUUUCUUUAACGGAGUGGGCUUCCGAGCAACAGCGACGCCGACCUCAAGAAAUACUCCAAAGACUCGAGGAAGAUCGUGUGGGUCUUCAAUCUGGAGCAGCUACGGAUGAUGAGGAAGAGUUGGUGCUUUUGAUUGGAGUCAAGACAGCGGUGAACACGAAUUUUGCACUUCGACAGGCGGUUAGAGAAACUUGGGCCAGAAAGGACGCUUUGCAUCGCGGCCUUAAAGUGUUUUUUGUGGGAUGUCGUCCGAUAUCGUUUGUCGCCGAUGCUUCUAUUCCCGAGACACCGGAACGCAGGCGCCUCCGAGAAGCUGUCGAACUGGAGAAGUUGGUGUAUGGGGAUCUGCUUACGGACGAGCUCGACUGCAACGACUCUUACCUGGAAUUAUCGGACAAGGUGAAGGAGUUCUUACACGUUGCAGCGACGCAGUUCUCGCGUGCUCAAUUUGUGAUGCUCGCUGACGAUGACGUCUACAUUCGAGCGGACAAACUGCUCGAGUAUCUGAAAAGCAUUGGCCCGCAGACUCGAUACUUCAGUGGGCAGGUGCCAUCGGUGCAACAUGUUCGAAAAGAUAGGCCCAACAGAGACACCAGUUUGCGCUAUUCCUUGCCCAAGGAACUGUAUCCGCUCUCAGAGCUUCCUCCGAUGGCAAUGGGCGCGUACUUCUUCCUCUCAAUGGACUGUGCGAAGUUUGUCUCCAAGAAUCGACGUCGCCUCCGCGGCCUUAACGGAAUCGACGACAUCACGGUACCGCUCUGGAUGCUGGUAAUCCAAGUGCACGUCCAGCACUUGCCGUGGCUGGGCUACUUACGCGCAGAACCAUGCAGCGAUAACUUUGUGGCAUUUGGGGACUUGUCCCCACUGGCACUUCGAGAAGUUCACAACAACUUGCAAGAGCAACGCCGCUUCUGCCACGGAUUCGACCGAAAAUUGUGGCUCAAA